AUGCAGAACAUGUUGGAUGGGCACCAUCAGCUCGCUAUGAUGCAGCAGCAGCAGCAUCAGAACCACGGCCAGCAGCAGCAGCACCCGCCGCAAGUAGCCACGAGUGAGAGCGAUGCACGCGGCCCACGCCACGACGAGCUGCUGAUGGAGAGCAAGUCUGCCAGCGACAACAUGGAGGGAGGUGCCGGGUCAGGCUCCGGUGGUGAGGAACUGGAGCCUCUCCAGGUCAAAUUUUGGUUCCAGAACAAGCGUACCCAGAUGAAGAUCGAAGACGAGGUCACUCGCAUUCAUGCAUAUCACCAGUACUGA